UAAAAACUUCAGCCUCAGGGCUCCAGAUCGGUUAGCUGCAUCCCAUCUUCUUGCCCCGGUCAGUCUGUGUGGAUAUCGACUCCUGCUUCGGCACUAAUGGCAGCAGAGCCCCCGACUGAACUGGAGUCAGCCAUUGAAACGGUAGUCACUACCUUCUUCACCUUUGCAGGGCGGGAAGGACGGAAAGGUAGCCUGAGCACCAACGAAUUUAAGGAACUUGUCACUCAGCAGUUACCUCAUUUGCUCAAGGAUGUGGGUUCUCUAGACGAAAAGAUGAAGAGCUUGGACGUGAAUCAGGAUUCGGAGCUGAAGUUCAAUGAGUACUGGAGACUGAUUGGGGAACUGGCAAAGGAAAUCAGGAAGGAGAAGGUCCUGGCGAUUCGCAAGAAGUAAAGUCUGCUGUCGGGAUGGGGGCCAGCAGGGCCUGCUGGGCAGGGCCAGGCAGCACUCCAUUCCCCCAAUAAAGCUUCCUUCCUGAAACAGA